AUGGAAGGAACACGUGAUAAUAUCAACAGUGGUGAUCGUAACCAGAAGCAAUGGUUUACACUUGUUGGUGUCUUUUACAUUCUUCUUAUCGCUGCGGUCGGAACCGAUGCGGCCGGGAUAACGCGCGACGGCCUUGGAGGACCAGGAGAACAAAAGGACGUUGAAAGUCUUUGUCAAUCAGACCCAGAUAAAUGUAACAAGAAACUAGGAAGAUUGUUUAACGGAACAAUAAACAUAAAAGAUAGUAUAAAAAACGCACUCAUUGCAGACGCCGAGGAGUUACAGAAACACAUAAACAAUCCAGUUCUCUAUAAGGAAUUGGUAAAAGACAACAAGACGAAACAAGCGAUGCGAAUUUGUGACGAAGUAAUGGAUAACGCUGUUGAUGAAGUUAAUAAAUCCGUUGGUGAAUUAGACACAUUUGAUUUCAAUAAGUUUAGUGACUUUGUUUUCGAUCUUCAAGUUUGGAUAACUGCUACACUUUCAGAUCAACAAACAUGUUUGGAUGCUUUUGAGGAAGUAGACACAAAAGCUAGUGAGAGAAUGGCUCAGAUUUUGAGCAAUUCUAUGAAGUUAAGCGAUACUGCUAUGGACAUGAUUAAUUCUGUUUCGGAAUUACUUAAGGAUUUUGGUCAAGUUCCAAGUGGUCUUAACAGGAGGCUUUUAUCCGAUGAAUCGGAAAAACUUGUUGAUGAUUUUAGUCAUAGAUGA